UGUCCAGUGGCAAGCAGUGAGCGGGAUCUAGAGAGAGGGAAACAGACAGAUGAGAGUAACACAGCGUGAGGAGAGGGGAGUCCGAACACAUCCGUCUGCACGAGGAAGUGCAGACCUUUUGGAUGAGCCCCUGACCCAACAAUCAGCUUUUGUCUUUCUGAUUUCAACAUGAAGGACAAGGACUUCAGCUUUUGGCCAUAGUUGAAAGUGUUGAAGCUAAAGUUUGCCAUGGAGUUCACUCCAAGUAUAUAGACUUCCAAAAUAAUCCAAAUGGUCCUCUGCUGUUUGAACAAUGAUGGGAGGAAGAAAACCACGACAUAUUAAGAAACAUCUCAUGUCCAAACAAAGUUAAACAUAUUGAACAAGAGUAUGGAGUUUUUUUUCAUUUUUUUGAUGGAACUGUACGAUAUGAUUCUUUGGACCGCACCAUGUGGACACUCCUGGCUAGUCUGCACUCUGAAAAGGACUGUACACCUGUGUGUUUGAGUGUAAUUGUGGGUGUGUACAAGUGUUUGUGUAUGCCCACAGUGUUAUGACACAGUGGAAGUGAGAGGGGAAGAUUUCCGGACUGUUCUUUCUUUACAAUGAGAGAUCCAGCUGGCGUGGCUGCAAUUUCCUGUCUUUUUCCUCUGGUUGUCUUCCUAUGUGUUGUCUCCCAGAGUUGUUAUGGGAUCCGGGUCGAUCUGAGCCCCCACACUAACCCCAACCCCAGCCCGUACCCUAAUCCUCGUCUCAAGUCACUACCUGAACCAACCCCAUUGCCAAGCUCCAGUCCUGAAAAACGUAUGGCUUCACUGAAUCCCAGCCAUCUCUCGAACUCCGGCAAGAACCUCUGGAGCAAGUCUCAGUUAAGGCCUAGGCUUGACACCAUGUCCUAUCUUACUGACAACCAUAGGGCCGACACUAACUUCCCAUUGGCAAUCUCCCCUGUUACAUCAAGCUCCAACAGUAGACUCAAGCUACAGCAUGCGCCCAAAAAGAGUUCUAAUUCAAGGCAUGAAUUGGCAUGCAAAUCAAAGUGUGAUCAGGUGGCAAGAAAUACCUUAAACAAUCCCAAGCAAUCAUCAAAAACCAAUCCAAAACCAAGGUUUGGAUCACUGUUGCAGGCAAAGCCCAAGGCAUUUUCCAACUCGAAGGUAGUAACAGGACCUAAGACCAAUUUGGAGUCAGUCCCCAACACUAAAUUAUCUUCACUACCUAGUCCUAAUCAAACGUCUGAGUCAUCUGGUACAAUGAACCCCAGCACCUACUACAAUGCCAGCCCGGCUUCACUAUCCAAUCCUAAAUCCCAUUCAAAAUUCCGACCUUCAGGAAAAAAUGCAAAUGCCAAAUCUGACUCCAAGAUCAACCCAAAUUCCAGAGCAUCCAUCAGAGUACAGAGGAACGAGACCAAGUUGCUGGAGACGGACAAGGAUUACCCCCAUCGGCCCAAGAGAGGCUGGAUCUGGAACCAGUUCUUUGUUCUGGAGGAACACAUUGGACCUGAACCUCAGUACGUUGGGAAGCUCCACUCCAACUCUGACAAGGGCGAUGGUUCUGUGAGCUACAUCCUGUCCGGCGAGGGGGCCGGGUCCAUCUUCCUCAUUGACGAAACGACGGGCGACAUCCACGCAGCAAAGAGCCUGGACCGUGAGAGGAAGUCCCAGUAUGUCCUACAUGCAAGGGCCAUCGACCGGCAGACCAACCGCUCCCUGGAGGCAGAGUCAGAGUUCAUCAUCAAGGUCCAGGAUGUUAAUGACAAUGCUCCAACAUUCCCUGAUGGACCGUUUUUAGCAUCUGUGCCUGAGAUAUCUGAUGUUGGAACGUCAGUUUUGCAAGUGACAGCCUCAGAUGCAGAUGAUCCGACGUACGGAAACAGCGCCAAGAUAGUUUACAGCAUCCUGGAGGGACAGCCCUACUUCUCUGUGGACCCCAAGACAGGUAUCAUCCGUACAGCGAUGUCCAACAUGGACCGUGAGACCAGGGACCACUAUGUUGUGGUGAUCCAGGCCAAAGAUAUGGCGGGCUCGGUCGGAGGACUGUCUGGAUCUACUACCGUCAACAUCACCCUCACCGACGUCAAUGACAACCCGCCAAAGUUUCCACAGAAGAGCUACCAGCUGUAUGUAGCGGAGCUGGCUCCAGUAGGGAAGGCCGUGGGUCGGAUCAGAGCCAGCGACGAAGAUGAGAAGCAGAACGCUGAGAUGACCUACAGCAUCACUAAUGCCGACGCAGCUGCCUUCUUCACCAUCACCACCGAUGCUGACCGCAGGGAGGGAAUCAUUUCCCUCAAGCAGCCUCUAAACUAUGAGAAGAGAAAAGUUCACACACUCAACAUUGAAGGCUCCAACACUCAUCCAGACCCCCGCUUCGCCCACCUGGGGCCGUUUAAGGAUUCUACAUCGCUGCGAGUCAUUGUGGGUGAUGUGGAUGAGCCUCCUGUCUUCUCCAUGGACUACUACAUUAUGGACAUAUAUGAAAACUCACCUGCCGGCACCCAGGUUGGCACUGUAACCGCCGUGGACCCUGAUAGCACCAACAGCGCUGUCAGGUACUUCAUAGAAAACGGAGAGGAAAAACCAUUGCAUUUCACCGUCGGGGUGAACAGCGGCAUCAUCAGGACUACUCAGGUUCUGGACCGGGAGGAGACUGCGUGGCAUAACAUCACUGUGAUGGCUGCAGAGGUUGAUAACCCUCGUAUGGUGAGUCACGUCCCAGUCACCAUCCAGGUCCUGGACGUCAAUGACAACAUUCCAGCCAUCUCCGGGGGCAACAGUGCCGUCAUCGUGUGUGAGAGCACCAAAAAUGGACAGGUGAUUCAGACCGUCCGAGCAGCAGAUCUUGACAACUUUGCAAAUGGAAGGUUUUCCUUCUAUGUGCCUGCUGAGCUUCCAGCCAAUCCAAAUUUUACUGUGAAGGACAACGGAGACAACACUGCCAGUAUAAUAUCUCAUCGGCGUGAGGGCUUCAGCCAGGACAGAGACCCGGAAUUCUUCAGCCUGGUGUUGGUCGUGGCUGACGGCGGGGAGCCUCCUCUGAGCAGCACCGCUACACUCUCCCUCAGGGUGUGUGUGUGUCAGAGGAACGCCAGGGAGCGCAACAGCAACAAUGUCUGUCAGGCCCAGGCUUUCCUGUCUUCGGCUGGUCUCAGCACUGGGGCUUUUGUAGCCAUAUUGCUUUGUAUUGUCAUAUUAUUAGCCAUAGUGAUGCUAUUCACCCAGCUGCGAAACAAGAAAGCGAGCAAAGAGCCGUUGAUUCUCUCCGAAGAGGACAUCAGAGAAAACGUGGUAACCUAUGACGACGAGGGAGGCGGGGAGGAAGACACGGAGGCCUUUGACAUUGCCGCACUUCGAAAUCCCAAAGCCUCCGAGCCUCGCAGGAGGUUCCACACCUACCUUGGCCAUGGGCCAAGCCCAUACGAAGAGGAGGACGAGAUCGAGGAUGGCGAGGAGGGGAUAACGGUGGUGAGGAGGAGGAAAGCACGGGAGUUAGAUUGCGGGAAAUACAGCCCGGAGUUGGAAACUACCUGGUUUGUCAUUGACUGCGUUCCGCGAGACAUCAGCCAGUCGGCGCCUUCGCUUCUGCUAGACGGUCAGGACAUCAUUCAGCAGAUCAUCCAAAAGAAGGUGGCCCAAGCGGACUCUGACACACGGGGCCCACCGUAUGACUCGCUUCAAACGUACGCCUAUGAAGGCCGUGGGUCCUUGGCCGGCUCAGUCAGCUCUUUGGGCCUAAAUGCGGCAGUGCCCGAACUAAACUAUGCCUUCUUGGAAGACUGGGAGCCAGAGAUGCAAACACUGGAACCAGUGCAGCUGGCUACAGGUCAAGCUAACCCUGACACCUAAAGAUUUCCAUCAGAAGUUUUUUUUUUUUUUUAAACCUUUGGCCAGAUUUGCUGAAACGUAUUGCUUUUUAACUUGUGCCAUUUAAACAUGGGUGCGGGGAUGCAAAAUGACUGCCGCAAAAAGCUGGCAAAUAGGAACUGUGAUAUCAUGUGAAAUCAAAGGAUAAGAAAAGCCAUUUAUUUGUAACAGGAGAGAAGAACACAGAGGCUGAAGGGAGAUUUGGGAAAAAACCUCCUAGGUCAAGUGCAUUGCUAAAGUGUGGGACAAAAUGCAAACUGAGAAGACCAGAGUUUUAACAUGACAGGUGAGCUAAUGGGGUUCUCCCUCUGCUCUGCUUGUUAUGUGCGUUAGUUGAAAAGGUACAGCUAUUCCUUGGCCCAAAUGAUUCUAGCCUUGAGCUUCACGGUUGCUAAAACAUUUUAAAAACCUGGAGCCGUAUACCAAAUUGGCUUGGAACAUGAUGACCCACUAUUCACGGGUCAUAUCACCAAUCAUCCAUUGGCUUGAAAUAUAGGAUCACAUGGGAGUUGUAUUUAUUUCUUAUUCAUAAAAAACAAAGAAAGAAAGAUCGGCCACAGAGUUCUCACCCACUGUCUUGAAAACUUUGUUGGUCUUUUUGCAGCUUUUCUUCUUCUCUUAUAUCACCAGCAGGAAAUUCGUCAUUAGACUAUUCUACUACAUUAUUCACAAACCUUCCAAAACACAAUUGAAAGGCUCCAGCGAAUUUAAAUCUGUCUCAAGAUAAAGGUAAUAAAGAGGGGGCACAUUAGUUAGGUUCAUUUGAGGCUU